AUGCAUCACUCGCAACUAGCCCCGCUGCCGAAUGACUUACCCUUCCGAAUAGUCUCCAAGACGAUCGGCCAGGGUGCCUAUGCCUGCAUCAAAAAAGCCGUCCCGUCCCACACAGAUAGUCCGGUCUUCGCAGUCAAGUUCAUUCACAAGGAAUAUGCCGCUCGCCAUGGCAAAGUCAGCGCGCGACAAUUACAGAUGGAGGCGACGGUACACAAGCACAUUGGCGACCAUAAUAACAUAAUUUCUUUCUUCCAGACCGGCGAGGACGAUGUGUGGCGCUGGGUUGCAAUGGAGCUGGCCGAGGGUGGCGAUCUUUUCGACAAGAUCGAGGCCGACGAGGGCGUGGGCGAGGACAUCGCGCACGUCUACUUCUCCCAGCUUAUAAGCGCGGUAGGCUACAUGCACUCCAAGGGGGUGGGACACAGAGAUAUCAAGCCGGAGAACAUGCUGCUGGCCGCGGAUGGCAAUCUUAAAAUUGCCGACUUCGGCUUGGCCACGCUGUUCGAGUACAAAGGCGUGACCAAACUCUCCACCACCUUCUGCGGUAGCCCGCCGUAUAUUGCACCAGAGGUGAUUUCGUGCAGCAGCAGGAGUCAAAUUAAAGGGAGGGGUUACCGACCCGACCUGGUGGAUAUUUGGUCGUGUGGUAUCGUCUUGUUCGUCCUCUUGGCUGGCAACACCCCGUGGGACAGCCCGACGGAAACGAGCUACGAGUACCAAGAAUACCUUGCCACUAAUGGGCGUACGACCGACGAGCUGUGGCAGCAGUUGCCGCCCGCUACGCUUUCACUCCUGCGCGGCAUGUUGAACGUGGAUCCAGCCAACCGAUUCUCUCUCGAGGACGUCCGCAGACACCCCUGGUACACCCGGCCGAACAAAUACCUAUCGCGCAACGGCACGCUCAGAGACACCAUCAACAUGGCCACGACGAUGUUCGAGUCUCUGCAUAUCGAUUUCACACAAGACCCCUUCGCGCGGCCGCACGGCAGCGGCGGGAGCCAGGGCUUUGAAGGGACCACCGGCCUAAUGGACAUGGGAGAUGAAUUGGACGACGAUACCGAUCAAAGGAUCUCAUCCACGCAGCCGGAAAUGCCGCGCGGUGGUAUGCUAGUGGAUUGGGACACGCCGCAGGUGGCGGACGCAUUCUCUUCCACCCAGCCCAUGGGCAGACCGUCGUUGUUGUUCGGGAAGAACGACACCCAGCCCCUCGACCACCUGGAGGACGAACCGUCCAUGUCGCAAUUCUCCCCGCACCCCUCCGUGCCCUUAAGUCGCACCCAGAAGGCCAUCCGCUUCCACGACAUCGUCCCCGCCCGUGCCAUGACGCGGUUCUUCUCAACGUGGGAGCUCAAAAUCCUAGUGCCCCUGAUCUGCGAGGCACUGCAUCGUCUGGGCGUUCCCGUGCCCGCCGUGCCCGCCGUAUCCGCCGGGGAUACCUCGGCCACGCUGCGGAUCAUCACCCGCGACGGGCGCAUGUGUACGCUGCAGGGCAAGGUCCUGAUCGACUGUGUGUCGGAGGGUCUCUUCGAGAUCGAAUUCAUGAAAGUCAAGGGCGACCCGCUGGAGUGGCGGCGCUUCUUCAAAAAGGUCGCCGUGCUCUGCAAGGACGCCGUGUACAAGCCUGAUAGCUGA